UUUAUCAGAAUUUUUGCAAGAGUCGAUAAUCUAGAGUCUAAAUCUAGAUAGAUCUAGAUCUAGAAGUCUAGUAGACUUCCAUCUAGGUUAUAGUUAAUCUGAACAGAUCUAUUCUAGAUCUAUAUUUGUUACUAGAUCUAGAUCAACACAGAAUCUACAAGAUUCUGUGAUCAGUAUUGUGCAUCAAGAGAGCGACAAAGAACGUAAAAUUGUUUGAAAAAGAGUUUUGUAACAAGUAAAGUUUCAAAGUCACACCAUUUAUUAACAUUGAUUCUCCUAAAUGAAAAAUACUUUUUUUUGAAAACUCAUUCAUGUAUUUCAAAUAUAAUGGAAAAUAAAAAGAUUGAUCAGGUUUCAUUUGAGCAAUUAAAUCCUCUGAGUGAUAGUCCUUUGUGGGAUGAAAGAUACCUACACAAUGAUAUGAACUCCUCUUUAGACUUCUUUGACUUUGAACAUUUCACAUACAGAGCAGAUAAUGCUGCUAUAGAUGUGGAUAGCUGCCUUGCAGACUCAUUUUAUCAUUCUAGUGAUAGAGAGCAACAACUUAAUGAGCUGCAUACAUCACCUUCCUUAAAUGGAAACAUCACUAGCCCUAAUAUUGAUGAUAUAAAUGAAAGUGAUGAAUUCUGGAAAAAUAUAUUGAGUAAUAUAGAUCACAAUAUCCUUGCAGACAAACCCUAUGAUUAUUGUAGCUCAGCCUCUGAUUUUUGUUUGUCAUUGACCCAAGCUGCAACUACAGAUGAAUUCAUUCAGAGACAUGAUAGCAUCUCUUUCAAUGACUCCCUUUCUUUGAGCAUAAAUAGUCUGACAGAAAGUAACGUCACCAACAUCAAACCUUGCAACACAAGUAAAUCAUUCCCAGAGAAGAAAAAACAGAGUCCAGUCAAAACUGCUCUUACCACAUGUAACGCCAAAAGAAAGAAAACUAAAAAAGCAAUAAUUGGUAAUAAAUUGCUUACCAAUACUACUGCACAUGCUAAUGGACUCAUUAGUCAAUCUCAUCAUCACUCUUCUCGUAGUUACAGUGACUUAACAAAAGUUGAAGUUAAAGGAAAAUGGAUUACCAUGUUCAAAUCUGUUGCAUUCAAAAGUAAAGAUUUUAAUAGCAAUGCUGAAAGACAGAAAACGUCUAAAAGUAAGUCAAGAAAACAAAAUAAAAGUUCAAAUUUGUUACCCGAACAUGAAAUUAGCUUUUUUCAAAGGCAACAAGAUUCUACAGAUCCAUUAAUUACAUCACAUUGUGAGGGCUCUAUUUGUUUCAACAGCUGUGAAGUCUCACAGAAUGUAAAUAUUUCCAAAAGUAACAUUGUUCCUGACUUAAUGCCGACAGCUCAAAACAAUGUUGAUUCUCAUAUUGUGCCAACUAAAGUUGUACAUCUUCAGACCAAAAAUCAUAAUUCUUUUGUACAGACCAUGUCACAGGAGGUAAAUCAGUCAGUUACACUGCAGUUUCCUUGUGAAAUUAAAUCUGUUUCCUCUAUUAAAGUAGAUAAGAAAGGCUCUGUCAUGUCUUUACCAACUAACACUUUAAAUACAUUCAUGGUGAGAGAUCUGCUGAACAUGUCAGGGCGUAAGAUUGAAAAGAAUAUUAAAGAUUUAACCAUGGAGUAUCGUGCUAAUAUUGUUAAAAUUAUUCAGCAAAAGCAGCUACGUCUAAAGCAAAUGGAGACUUAAAUUUAAAAAUAACCCAAACUUGUGUGGCUACCUUGUAUUAAUGACCAGCAUCUCAUUAAUCUAUUGACUAUUGGUACACUUCAUUGAACUAUCACUAUAUUUCAUUAAGCAUCAGACUGUCACUACUGGUACAUUUAAUUAAACCCAGGGACUCAUCAGUGAAUUAUUUCAAAGCCUCCCAGGGGACAUCAUUUCUUAUUCGUGGUUUUCGAAUCAAUGUAUCAAAUUCCAUUAUAAAUUAAAGCUCUUCUUCCACUUUGUAUAUGCAUAUAGAGAUUACACGUAAUUUAUGUUUCAUAAAAAUGGAUCAGCGUCUCAAAAUGUUUUGGUAGAUACAUUGUUUCAUGUGAUAAUUCUGCUAUUCAAUAAAGAAUAACAAACAAAAGCAAUAUACAAAGUCGUUGUUUUCCAAAAAUAUAUAUAUAUUUUAUUUCAAAUGUAUUGUUACAUAUUACAUCUUGUUUUUACAGUAUUCCACAAAAUAUUAAUGUAACAUGAUGUGAUGAGGGCCCAUGGAAAUACUUUAAUUACAUUGGUGUUUUAAAUAACUUUAAUAGUUGUUUAUGAGAUUGGAUUUUUUGAUUUCUGUCAAAAAUAAUAAACAAAUUUUAACAAAUUAAUUUCACAAAUGACAUAAUUUUUCUUAGUAUUUUAAUAAACAAAACAUUUACCCCCCCCCCCCCCCCAAAAAAAAAAAACAAAUAAAAAAUUAUCACAUUAUUUCCAUAUUUAGCAUGCCCGUUAAAUUAACUUUUGCAAACUUCCCUUCCAUUGAGAAGGCCAUCAUGACAAAUAAGUGAUACAACAAACUGAUCAAAUGUUGAACAUGUUACAGGAAAUAGCAAAAUUCUUUUGUCUUUUAAAAAAAAACUAUAAAGGUUGGGGGGGGGGGGGGGGGGGGAGAGAAUGAAAACAUCUUGACUGUACCCUAAUUAGUGAAAAUAAACUUUAGAAUCCAGAUAUUCAAAGUAUGGAAUAAA